GCCGCGGAGAUCAAGGUCGCCCCCAUGGACACCGUCAUCGGCAGCUCCGCGACCGAGGUGAAUCGCAUCGAGGCCGACACCAUUGACUACAAGAAGGUCGCUGCCAUGCGGACCAAGUAUCGCGCGUGCUCAUUGCAGGGGGCGCCCAAGCGACGACUCCAGCCGCCGCAGGUGAUGGCCCGCUGGGUGAACCGUGAGGGUUUGAGCCCCAACCCAGGUCGGUGCGAGUCGCUCUUGAUGGACCUGGUCUUCAAGUGGGACCAGGAGGAGGCCGACCACGAUUGCAUUUGCGUGGAGGUCAAGCCAGGAUGCACGCGUGGGCUGAAGCACAACCGGGACAAGUGCGAAGGGGGGCCCCGACUGACCCCGCCAGACCCCGCCGAGGCGAUGUGCUUGUCCAUUUCGCAUACCCACUUGAAUCAAUGCUUGAAAAAUAUUACGGGCCGGGCCCAAGUCACACUCGCCCCCUUGCUCAACACGGUGGCCGACCAGAGCGGCAGGAUUGACCCGAAGUUGGUCGAGGGGAAAACGCCCGCGCUAGCGGACGCCGCAGAGGCAGGUUUGAUGUGGGAGAUCCUGUCUUACACGCUCGACGAGGAGGAACCGCAGGGCGUGGCGAUGAUCCAGCGGUGCAUCAACAACAAGUCGCACGCGCAGGCUGUCGAGCACGAGCUUCAGGUGCUGGCCUCCUUGACGGACACCGUGUGCAUGAAGGACGUGCAGUUGGCGAACGGGACCAUCAGCGAAGAGAAAGCGAAGGAGCACUUGCGGAUGAUCGGGCAAGGUCGCGUGGUUGAGAUGAAGAACUACAGGCAGCUGCUGCAGGUGGCGCUGAACAUGGCCCAGAGCCCCGCGUGGGACAACAUCUCAGCGGUGCACGACUGGUUCAACGCGCCUUUCGCCGCAGCGGCGUGCAUCCAGCUCGCCUACAAAACUACGCCCGAGAGCCCCAUCGAGGACGGCUUUUGCACGCGGGCGCCGCCCGCGCUAGCGGGCAGGUUGCCCGCCAAGUCAACUGGCAAGCAGGCCAUUGCCAAGAUCGAAGAGCAUUUGCGACGCUUUCACAUUACCUACGACAAGUGCGGCGCCUACCAGAAGAUGACCCCCAAGGAGAGGCGCGCUUUCCUUGGAAAGGUGGGAAUGGAGUUGGCCGAGGCCGCUCUUCUCGGGGCAACCGCAGACGCUCAAGGAGCCAUUCUGGAGGCGGCCUGCCGCUGUGAGGAUGGGUUGCGCGCCGAGCUGGCAGAUCACCCGGGCAUCCGCAGCAAAUUGCCUCCCUGCCCCGUCCAGAGGACAGCGCCAGCGAGCGGGGGGAAUACAGCUCCCGCGCUAGCGGCGGCCCAGGCCUCAGCCUUGGCGCCGAGGCUGGCACUGUACAACGCUGACGGCGUGGCAACAGAGGGCGUGAAGGCCUCCCGCAUGAGUUCCGAGGAGCAGGCGGUGGAGUGGGAGAGCACGUUGGCCAUGCCAGGAGGGGGGUCUCUGGUGGCUGGCAAGAUCCUGAGGGCUCUCGCCCUGGCGCACCAGCAGGCGCGUAUAUCCGCAGCUGGUUUGAAAGUGGUCGCCACCUUCUCGUAUCUCGAGACAGCGGCGGCGGGAUCCGAGGAGUGGCGACGCGAUAGCGGGCCCCAGGCGCCGACCCGCCCUCCGACUGACGUCAAGGUCUUCGCCGCCAAGAGCUACAAAGUUGGGCAGCUGGUGCUCGUUCCUUUGCCCAAGUCGGCGGCGAACAUCACGAGCAGUAGCAUAUCCGACAAGGCGAUCCCAACAGUUCAUUCUGACGAGAAGAGCAACCCCUACAAUAUCGUUCCUUCCAUCAGCUGGGACGCGAAGACGAAAUUCCUUCACCCAUUCUGGUUGGCCCAGAAGCACAGCGUGAAGCAGGCCGCAAACCUUCACAUGAUCACGCUCUCCGUCAUGAGCACUGUGAAAUGUCAGGGGGACCUCGUGAGCUGUUUGGCCGAUCAGUUGCAGAGCGAGGCCACCGAAAUUCCCGUGUGGACGAACCCCGAGGACAUCGAGGACGGGGCUGAGAUCGUCUGCCACGUCCCGCCGACGCAGAAGACUCCGAAAGCGAAGACUGCCUCGACGUGGCUGUCUCAGAAGACGCCUGGCACGAAGGGCAAGGCUCCGUGA